CCAAAACUCUCCCCUCUACUUUUGUAUAGAAGCGAAACCUUUCUGUAGGAUUGGACAAAGGCCAAACGAGGCUAAGAGCACUGUAAGGAGUAAUACUGGCUGAGGUUCAACAUGGCUGAGUAUUUGGCGUCAAUUUUUGGAACAGAGAAAGAUAAAGUCAACUGUUCUUUUUACUUUAAAAUUGGAGCUUGUCGCCAUGGUGAGAGAUGCUCCAGACUGCAUAACAAACCAACAUUUAGCCAGACGGUCCUCCUGCAAAAUCUGUACCUGAACCCCCAGAAUGCAGCUCUCACAGCCGAUGGCUCUCACAUAACUGUCGACGAAGUGGAAGCACAACAGGAGUUUGACGAUUUUUUUGAGGAGGUAUUUACUGAAUUAGAGGACAAGUAUGGCGAAAUCGAGGAGAUGAAUGUGUGUGACAAUCUGGGAGAUCAUCUGGUCGGCAAUGUCUAUGUCAAGUUCCGGUAUGAGGAAGAUGCUGACAAGGCUGUCAAUGACCUCAACAAUCGCUGGUUUAAUGGGCGGCCCAUCCAUGCUGAGCUGUCGCCUGUGACAGACUUCCGAGAGGCCUGUUGUCGGCAGUAUGAGAUGGGUGAGUGUACACGUGGAGGAUUCUGCAACUUCAUGCAUCUGAAACCUAUUUCCCGGGAACUGAGACGAGAGUUGUAUGGUCGACGCAGGAAGAAGAGGUCAAGGUCAAGGUCACCACCCACACGUCGAAAUCGCAGUAACAGUAGGGACAGGGAACGACGCAGGUCCCGUAGCAAGGAAAGGAGGUCACGUAGUCGUGAGCGCAGGAGGUCACGGUCACGUGACCGACAUGGAAGAUACUGAGGCGCAAUGGAUGAAUUUUUACCAUCUUACUGUGGUGAAAUAUAUGGAGUAAAUCACAGAAAUGUGACAAGUCAUCUUAUAAUGUUACAUGUUCUUCGUCAACUAAAGACUCCAUUAUGUUUGGUUUCAUUUGAAAGUUUCAUAAUGUCAACGUUGUGUGACAUGUCAUUCAUGUUUUAAAUUGUAAUAUGAAAUAAAUACAUUUUAUAGAUA